AUGAUUCUGUUCAAACGAAAUUUUCAUAAUUAUUUCGCAAAUAAUUUUAUUAAGGAUUUAUUUAAAAAAAGUCAGCAUAUAUCAUUUAAUGAUAUACAAAAGAAAAUAUAUAUAGGAAAAUCCUCUCUUGGUGGUUUAGGUGUUUUCUCCUUAGAAGGUAUAAAGAAAAAUGAAAUUAUUGAAAUAUGUCCAACUGUAUCAAUAUGCAAUGAAGAAAUACCAAGAAACCUCGUCGAUUAUUUAUAUGAAGGAAAAGAACCGAGUAAAAAUAAAGCAAUAGUCGAUAUUAUAAUCAAUAGGAAGAAAGAAACUUCAAAUUAUAAAUUACUACCUUUAGGGUAUGGUAUUUUAUAUAAUCAUUCUGAUAUACCAAAUGCAUAUGUAGAAAUACAUAAAAUAAAUAAAAACCAAAUAAAACAAAAGCAAGAUGUCACUGUAUCAAAUAAUGUUAUGAUUGUUUAUGCAUAUAACAAUAUACAAAAGGAUGAUGAAAUAUUAAUUUCAUAUGGACAUUCUUGGUGGAAGGUAAGUUCAUAA